AUGGGAUGCUCUAAAGGAGGAAUUGGAUACGCUCUAGCGGAGGAGUAUGCACGGAGGGGUGCCAAGGUGUUUGCGACAGCGCGGCAGGUAGAGGCCAUGGAGGGGUUGCAAGAGCAGGGCGUGACUACAGUGAAGCUGGAUGUUACUAAAGAGGAUGACAUCAAGUCUGCAGUGGAUGUGAUUGUAAAGAGCGCCGGCCAGAUCGACAUUCUUGUGAACAACGCGGGUGUGCUUAUAAUGGGGCCCGUGGCGGACCUCCCUCUCUCCUCCUGGCUCCAUGGCUUUGAAACCAACCUGCUGGGGGCAGUGGCUAUGGCACAGGCCGUGUUCCCCCACAUGGCUGAGAGGAGGAGUGGGUGCAUUGUGAAUAUGUCGAGCAUCCUGGGGUACCAGGCAUUGCCCAUGGGUGCUGUGUAUUCGGCAUCCAAAGCUGCGCUGACCGCAGCAACCAACUGCAUGCGCAUGGAUAUGAGUCCGUUUGGAAUAAAGGUUGUGCUUGCCGCUCCAGGGCUCAUAAAGACGGAGCUGUUCGGCAAAUCCACUAACGUUUUCGUUCAGCUGCCACCCAACAGCCUCUACGCUCCCUGCCAAUCCAACAUUGACAAGCUGGCCAACCUGCCCCACACAGUGGCCAUGACCCCUCCCUCCCACCUCGCUGCUCUCAUUGCCAACGCCUCCCUUUCCCCCAACCCUCCCUGGCGCCUCUUUGCGGGAGAGAUGUGGGCUAGUGUGAUGGCGAUGGUGUGGUUUGCUCCUGUGUGGCUCACCGACUGGGUUUAUUGGACCAUGAGAUAUAAAGAUGAUUUUGCAGCAGCCGAGAAAAAGAGGAGGAUUGCUGAUGAUUUUGCGGAGAGGAAGCAGAAAUAA